AUGGCUGAUGAGGAGGCAAAAGAGGCCCAGCCACGAUCAGAUGACAAUGAUGCGUCCGUUUGCCAGAGUCCCAUCACAGUGAUUGAGAUCCUGGACUCAUCAAAUGAAUUGGUUGAAGAGACCAGACAAAAUGUUGAAAUGGAGGAAAAGACCUUUAUAGCUGGAUUGUACUCCCAUAUGAGGGCCAGAGGGACCCCCAUUGAGAGGAUUCCACAUUUGGGUUUUAAGCAAAUUAACCUUUGGAUGAUAUUCAAAGCUGUGGAGAAACUUGGGGGGUAUGAUUCAGUAACAACAAAACGUCUUUGGAAGAAAAUAUAUGAUGAAUUGGGAGGAAGUCCAGGCAGCACCAGCGCAGCCACCUGCACUCGCAAACAUUAUGAAAGGCUGGUCCUGCCUUAUGAAAGACAUAUAAAAGGGGAAGAGGAAAAACCUCUGCCUGCAACUAAGCCACGGAAGCCUUACAAGAGAAACGCUGAUGGCAAAGUGGACAAGGCUGAGGGUAAAAAACCAAAGAGUCAAAGAGACUUACAGUUGAGAAUGCAGAGACAUGAUCUGGUGCUACACCCGCUCUCCUCCAUGUGGACAGUUGACAAACUAGAUCAUUCGAAGCACAGCUCAGAUAGUAUUUUGCCUCAUGUUCUGCCAGUGUCCAAAACACACACCUGGACUCCCCCUGUCCCUCCUGGAGCAGGAGCAGGUAUCUCUCCAUUGGAGAAGAAGAAACGAGUGGCUCAGGCCAGUCUCAGCCUGCAGCACAGCCCACAGCGUGAGGAGAGGCUCUCAGUGAUCCUCUGCUCUUCCCCAGGACCACAGGCUUCGGCUCGGGCCUCUUCUGAUGGCUCACCACAGCCUCAGUCAUCCUCAUCCUCACGCAGCCCCUCUCCACUGAAGACAUUAUUUUGGAUUCGGGAAAUGGCAGAAAUUUUGCCCGAAGACGACAUCGACAUCAACCAAGAGGAAGAUGAAGACAGCCAUGAGGAUGUGAUGACUCCCGCGGAGCUCAUCGCAAAACUGGAAGAAGCUUGGCUCAAUGAGAAGUUUUCCCCGGAGCUCCUUGAGAACAAGUCUGAAGUGGUUGAGUGUGUAAUGGAGCAGCUCACUCAUAUGGAAGCUAAUUUGCAGCGUGUGAAAAAAGGAGAUGCCAAAGCCAGCAUCCACCGAAUGGAGAUUGACCGGAUUCGUUAUGUACUCAGCAGCUACUUGCGUUCUCGUUUGCAGAAGAUUGAAAAGUAUUUCCCGCACGUCCUGGAGAAAGAGAAGACUCGAGAAAUGGGUGACUCAUCAUUGCUUUCACCUGAAGAGUUUGCAUUUGCCAAAGAAUACUAUGACAAUACUGAGACAUACUUGAAAGCUGUGGCACUGAAACGUAUGCCUCCAAAUCUGCAGACAAUAGAUCUGCUAAAAGCAGUUCCUGAACCAUGUUUGGACUCGUUUGUGUUUUUGAGAGUGAAGGAAAGGCAGGAAAACAUUUUGGUGGAACCUGAAACUGAUGACCAGAGAGAGUAUGUUCUGCAGGGGUUUUUCUUUGGGAUUCCAGGAGACAUGAUCUUGCUACGUCAAUCAUCUAUUUCUGACACUGAACCAUCAAGAAUAAUGGAGAGGGACAUGUGCCCGAUUGGUGGAAGGAUUGAGAGGGUGGGAUACAAUGUGACAUCUGAACUGAGAAUCCAGCGUUGUCAAAACAGUGCAGCAGAGACGGGCAAGAUGGAGGUGACCAGCUCAAGUCGUUCCAGUGCUCAGGCGUUGGUGGGUAUUGGCUCCAUGGCGCACUCUACUGGACUGUUGGAGAUUGCAGUUCGCCUCUGCCUGAACCAGCGAAAACAGCUGUGUCCUCAUGUUUGGGUCCCUAUCCUGAAACCCAUGCGCCCCUGUAUCCGAGCUCAGGUUCCCCCCGAGACUUUCAGCCAAUCAUUUCUGUCCUUCUGGAACGAGUUUGACGAUGAUGACAUAGAUGUAUUUCCUCUCAAGAACAAGCGUGUCAUGUUUGCAGACACUAAGGGUUUGGCUUUGGCUGAUGUCCGGAUGUUCUCGGAUAGAGAAGAGCCUUCAGAUUUAUCCAUACUUCCGUCUUUUCAAGGUUUAAACCUCACAGAAGAUAGCUACAGCUGCACAGUCAGUACCUGCUGUCCUGGGACACAACUCAAACUGGGGUUUCCACAGCCCUCAGCAGACUUCCAGGCUUUUCGAGCCAAACUUGAAAAAAGUAUGGUCAUCCUGGAGAACUGCAGCGUCUCUGAACAGGCUCUGCAGGGCACUCUUCGAGUCAAAAACAUUUGCUUUCAGAAAGAUGUGCACGGAAUGAAGCCAAAGUAA